CACCCGGUCGGCCGGCCCAGCCAUGAUCAAGGCGAUCCUCAUCUUCAACAACCACGGGAAGCCGCGGCUCUCCAAGUUCUACCAGCCCUACAGUGAAGACACACAACAGCAAAUCAUCAGGGAGACUUUCCACUUGGUAUCUAAGAGAGAUGAAAAUGUUUGUAAUUUCCUAGAAGGAGGAUUAUUAAUUGGAGGAUCUGACAACAAACUAAUUUAUAGACAUUAUGCAACACUAUAUUUUGUCUUCUGUGUGGAUUCUUCCGAAAGUGAACUUGGCAUUUUAGAUCUAAUUCAAGUAUUUGUGGAAACAUUAGACAAAUGUUUUGAAAAUGUCUGUGAACUGGAUUUAAUUUUCCAUGUAGACAAGGUUCACAAUAUUCUUGCAGAAAUGGUGAUGGGGGGAAUGGUAUUGGAGACCAAUAUGAAUGAAAUUGUUACACAAAUUGAUGCACAAAAUAAACUGGAGAAAUCUGAGGCUGGCUUAGCAGGAGCUCCAGCCCGUGCUGUGUCAGCUGUAAAGAAUAUGAACCUUCCUGAGAUCCCAAGAAACAUUAACAUUGGUGACAUCAGUAUAAAAGUGCCAAACCUGCCCUCUUUUAAAUAAAAUAUUAAAAAGGCCACUCCCAGGUAAAACCCAGGGGGAUAAGUCAUCUAAGUUUACCAUACAGUUGUUUACCAAAAAUAGAGGAGGGGAGUCUUAACUUUUGCUCUUGGAUUUAAGUCACGGUACUGUAUAGAAGUUGUGUAAAAUCAGUAUGAGACUUCAAUGUUGAUUUUCUUGCUCAGUGAUUUUAAAGAAAUUGUAUAGUUCCAGUGUGAUUUUUUUGUUGUUGUUGUUUUCUAAACUGCAUUCCUAUGCCCACCUAAGGCAUGCCUCUAUGUAUUGGCUAUCACAGUAUUUCAAAAGUGAGGUAUUUCUUUAAUUAUGUACAACCCAAAAUGUUGGUGUUUUGUAUGGAUCACAAGUGCAACAUUCCUUAAUUCUUUCUGCUAUUUGUCACAAUUGUUAUUUAAGAACCAAGUAUGUAUUGCAUGAAAACAUGUUGACCUUUUCUUCUUAGUUUAAAUAAACUACAAGGUAACUGGAUUUCUAAAGCACCUUUCUGUUUGCCUGAUAUAUACCUUAGCAAUAAUUUUUUUUACGACCCUUUGACUCAAAAAAGUAAAUAAAGGUAUAUUUUAUCACUGUUAAA